GGGACUCGGUGCGGGGAGGCCGCACUCAAUUUUCUUCCGAAAUUUUAGAGCGUCCGAGUCCGAGAAAACCCACGCACGGCGGGUCAGGGUGCCGACGCCACUCGCAUGUCCGGCCUUGCAAGCCACACAAUGACACGAGCACCACUCUGAGACGCGAGCGAAGCGACCGCCGCCUGCUUUGUGCUCGCUGCUCUCCUCCUGGCUUCUUUGCCUGGAAUAGCUGGAUAUUGCCGUGCCCAGGCCAUUGCCGGGAGCUAGAGUAGCAGGAGGCGGCGGCGGCGGCGAGGGGAUCGAGGGAGGACAAGGCAAGGAAAGCAAGGAGAUGGUGGGCGGUGGCAGGGACGGGCCGGCGCCGGCGGUGCUUCUUCUCCGCCGCGUCCUCUUGAUUUUGAUGCUGUGCUCCCCCGGCGCGGUGGUGGUGGUGGUGUCGGGGCGGAAGGUGGGCGAGACGUGCGCGGUGAACCGGAACUGCGACGCCGGGCUGCACUGCGAGACGUGCGUCGCCGACGGCAACGUGCGGCCCCGCUGCACCCGCGUCGCCCCCGUCGACCCGCAGACCAAGGCGCGGGACCUGCCGUUCAACCGGUACGCGUGGCUGACGACGCACAACUCGUUCGCGCGGCUCGGGCAGCGGUCCCAGACGGGGGUCGCCAUCGCCACGCCGUGGAACCAGCAGGACACCGUCACCGAGCAGCUCAGCAACGGCGUGAGGGGGCUGAUGCUGGACAUGUACGACUUCCGCAACGACGUCUGGCUCUGCCACUCCUACGGCGGCAUCUGCCAGAACUUCACCGCCUUUCAACCGGCGGUGAACGUGCUCCGGGAGGUGGAGCGGUUCCUGUCGCGGAACCCCGCCGAGGUGGUGACCAUCUUCGUGGAGGACUACGUGGAGUCGCCCAAGGGCCUCACCGGCGUGCUCAACGCGUCGGGCCUCGGCCGCUACAUGUUCCCUCCCUGGCGCAUGCCCAAGACCGGCGGCGACUGGCCGCGGCUCAGCGACAUGGUCCGCGACAACCACCGCCUCCUCGUCUUCACCUCCAGGCCCGCCAAGGAGGCCGCUGAGGGCAUCGCCUACGAGUGGCGAUACGUCGUCGAGAACCAGUACGGGACCAAGGGGAUGGUGAAGGGGACGUGCCACAACCGCGCCGAGUCGGCCGCCAUGAACGACCUGUCCAGGUCGCUGGUGCUCGUCAACUACUUCAGGGACCUCCCGAACCUGCCGACGGCGUGCAAGGACAACUCGGCGCCGCUGCUGGACAUGGUCACCGCCUGCCACGACAAGUCCGGGAACCGGUGGCCCAACUUCAUCGCCGUCGACUUCUACAAGAGGAGCGACCGAGGCGGCGCGGCGGAGGCCACGGACAAGGCCAACGGCGGCCUCGUCUGCGGCUGCGGGAGCAUAUCGGCUUGCAACGCGAACGGGACGUGCACUCCGCGGCACGGCAGGACGCCGAAAGGCAUCUUCAACGCCUCGUCCGACGCGGCGGCGUGGAGGUCGCCGCCGCCGCCGGUGCUGCAGUGGCAGCGGCUCAUCCUGCUACCGUGUCUCCUUGCUCUCCUUCUGGGCCUGUAAAUUCUACGUAUUUUGCCGUGUACAUACAUAGACGGAUUGGUUUGGUUGCAGCCAGCGAGCGAGCGUAUUUUGUUGUACAUACAGACAGAUUGGUUGCAGCCUGUCAGCAGCUUAGUCCACACUAGUCUGUGUAUGAGACAGGGUGCACAUAUACAGUAGCAUAAACACAAACAUCAAAUGCGGACAGAUGCGUUUAACCAUGAUCUUGAUCGGCCUCGCCUUUUGUUGCCC